AUGAAUCGCUACAACGGCGACUCGUCUUUUGUGCCCAAUGGGCCCAGAUCUUACCAGGGCAAUGGAGGUGCUCGAAACAACCGUGCCAACAACAACCGCAAUGACAGCCCAUAUUUCGUGCCCAAAGAGUCCAAACCUUACCAGGGCAAUGGGGGUGCUCGAAACAACCGUGCCAACAACUACAAUGGCAAUGGCAAUGGCAACGGCAACGGCAACGGCAACAACCAAUGGAGCCCUCGCAAUGGCAAUGGGAAUGGCAAUCGCAAUGGCAAUCACAAUCAAAACAACCAGUGGAACAACCAUCAAAAUGACACUGGCAAUGUGAACCCUACCAAUCAAGGCAUGGGCAAUGCGAACCAAAACGGCAAUCCCAAUUACAAGGGCAAGAACUUCAACCCCAACUACAAGGGGAAGAAUUACAACCCCAACUUCUCUCGUCCUGCACCAGCCGAUGUUGGUCAGGCCCGAAAUAGCGGCCGGAAACGUCAGUCCAACAACAACAACAACUACAAUAAUCGGAACCAGUCCAAUCAGAACCAGUCCAAUCAGGACAUGGACGUUCAGAUGGCCGAGGCACCAAUCGAUGAGCCAAAUGACAUCGAGAUGCCAGACGCACCACCUCUCUCUGAUCCAAGGAUCGAAGCCUUCACCAUGGGUGUUCUUGCAGUCAAAGACAUUGUUAGUCUCCCACUUUUCCAUUUCCAAUUCAAUCCUUUUGCUUUCAAACAACCUGCUGUUCAACCUUCUGCUUUCAAUUCCUCUGCUUUCCGUCCCCCAACUUUCUACCCUCCAGUUUUCCAUCCCAAGGUCAUCAGUUCUCCAAAGUUGCAAGGAAAUGCUGAGUACAGCGGCCUAGCCAACCCUGAUCUAGCCGCCUCACGAGAAACACAACAAGUCGUCAUCAACCUGUCGUCCACAACAGAGUUACACCCAUGUCCACAUCGGUUACAAUCCACCAACAACCUCUGGACCCGCCCCAAGACCUCUGGGUUCCUCAAUCGGGGCCCAAAGACUCCAUCGACAGACGACACACAACACAAACCACAAACCACAUCUGGUCCUGGUGUUGACGGUGCGGCUCGUGCCCCGUCUACAGGGAGGACCAGAUCCAAGACCGAGAAGAAGCUCGGGGAAGGAAAAGGAUACAAAUUGGAACAUGUGCAAUAG